UUCUAUAGCCCACACAUUGUUCAUACAAUGUUAGACACACGCUGUAUACAUGUUUAUGUUGAUUAAUAUAUAUCGUCUAGGCCCUGUGGCCUAUGUUUUCUUGAGUUCAUUGUUUGUGUCUUCUGACGGUCUCCAUACCGGUUCAAAAGCUCGUUCUCGUAAGGGUUUUAUGGACAUCUUCGGCCUUACGGGUGAUAUUGCGCCAUCUACAUAUCCUGUAAUUAAGCUUAACCAGAAUGUGAACAAUGACUCUAGUUUUACUGCAUUGCGUCGUUCUGAAUUGGCUGAUUUACAGUCGGAAGCAUGGCGUCUAAUGUCUCUACAGCGUCGUAAAUUCACUGGUUUACGCAAGGAUCUCAAUAGACAGUUGAGUUUAAUGGACGACUUGGCUGUUGCCAUGGAGCGCCAGUAGCGCACAUUGCUUAGGACUCGGUUUAAACAAAACAAUCGCAUAUUUAUAAAGCUAUAUUUUGAUAGAUAUAUCAGUUGUUCAUAUUUAUUA